AUGCUUCAUAGGUCCAGAGGUCUGGAUGAGAUGAUAAUCGACAGAAACUGGAGUGACAUGCAGGGUCAAAAGGGAGAGAGGCUUCCACCACCGAAAGGCUGUGCAGAUACAAGAUUACGAUUACAGGGUUCUCUACCACACCGAAUAGCCAAAAAAAAAUCCUCAAAGCUUCGGUCUCCCACUCAUCAAUUACAGACGAAGUACGAACUUUUAAACCGAGUGCCCAACGGAACUCUCACGAUAAUCACAAUUGAUGUCACGACAAUGAUCUUUCUUGGAUGCCAGCGGUCCGUGGCCCGCGGCUUGCACACGUUCCUUGUCAAAACCUUCCCUUUGAUGGCCGUCAAAUCGAUAGCGUCCGCGAUGCAUUGGUUUCCUCAACACCUACUGGCACUGUGCCUUAACUGCUUGGCCUCAAACCUCGCAAAGUUCACAUCCGUUGAUAUCAAUGACCGGUCGUACCAAAGUUCGUCCUUUCGACUUUCACGCUCUGGUUCCCAUACUUCAGGAUAG